GUUAAUCAAAUUCAAACUUUCUUAUUGAUGGAAGUACUGGUAGGGAGUGACGAAUAUUGCCGUGCUCAGCACAAAUAAACUUUAUCCAAACUAGUGAAGGAAUUAAGUGUAUAUAUUGUUUUUACUGUUUUUACAAAACACCUAAUCUUCCAGAAUCAUCUACAUAUGGGUUUAACCACGUCCAAAAGAGAAUUUUUAUGCAAAUUGCUUGUGCAAAAUCUGCUGUACAGUUUUCUUCUGUCCUAAGGCAUUGUUGGUAAAGUCAUUGCAGCAGUAUUAAAAAUUUUUAAAGGUAAAUAUUUUUUUAAAAGUUUAGCAUUUCUAAAUUCCAAAUAGAGCACAAGGAAUGACCAGUAUGAAGCAAAAAUCAAUGCGACCUGGACCAUCAGAAAUUACAUACAAAACCAUGAAGUUUUUAAUCAUGGAUCGGCCGACAGAUGCUACCAUUCCUGCCUUACUUGAAGAACUCAAAAAGAGGAAUGUAAAGGAUGUCGUCAGAGUUUGCGAAGCUACUUACAGUACAGAGCUGUUGGAAAAAGAAGGAAUCCGAGUUCUGGAUUGGCCAUUUGAUGAUGGUUUUCCACCUCCUGCAAAAAUAGUAGACGACUGGUUCGAACUUUUGCGCACGAGAUUUAAGGAAGAUCCAGACAGCUUUGUAGCUGUUCAUUGUGUGGCAGGACUUGGAAGGUAAUUAUUCCAUUUGUUG